UCAAAGGAUAUAUCGUCAGUUGAAGCCGAAAGGGGGAGUUCAAUGUAUUUCAUGUCAAGGUAUUUCUUUGACAUUCAGUUUAAUGUUCAUUUCUUGAGCCGUGGCACAACAGAGAGCUUCUUCAGCAUGUUUUGGGAAUAUUUCGACGCGGCUCGACGACUCGGGAAUUCAGCGAGCGAGUGAGAGCCAUGGACAACUCUGUCACCUUGUGGCAGUUCCUUCUCCACCUCCUGUUGGAUUCCAGUAAUGAGCACCUGAUCUGCUGGACCAAUGAGGAAGGGGAGUUCAAACUGCUGCAGGCGGAGGAGGUGGCCCGGCUGUGGGGAGCCCGAAAGAACAAACCCAACAUGAACUACGACAAACUGAGCAGGGCUCUCAGAUACUACUACGACAAGAACAUCAUAAAGAAGGUGAACGGGCAGAAGUUUGUGUAUCGCUUCGUGUCCUAUCCUGACAUCUUGAAAGGAGACGUUGCCUCCCGGACAGAGGGCGGGGAGGUGGGUGCUGGGGGGGGCGUCCCUCCCCUUUUAAAGAGGGGAGACAGCACCCCACAAGAUGGAGAGCCUGGUGGCAUGGCAGCUCUGAGCUCCAGCACCAAGCAGUCGAACCGAAACGACUACAUCCACUCCGGCCUGUACACCUCCUUCACCCUCAACUCGCUGCAGAACGGACGCCAGCUCUUCAAGUCCAUCAAAAUAGAGAAUCCAGCGGAGAAGUUAGCGGACAAACGAGGAGUCGCUGCGUCCGCCCAGAACCAAGAGCUGUCUCCUCCGCCUCAAACCGCUCUGCCGUCCGUUAUAAAGUUCGGAAACACCCCUCCAAAGCCAGCGCCGUCCCCUCAGGUUUCCGUAGAGAUGACCCUGAUGUCCAGCCACUUGGAGGCCGAAGACAUUAACACCAUCUCCUCCCUGCCGUCUCACUCCGUCUACUCCUUCGAACACAUCCGCCCGUCAGCAACGACCUUCAGCAUCCAUGAGUUGACCUCUGCCAGCACGUCCCCCAGCCUCGUGCCCGACUCCUCCCAGGAGCUGGUGAUCGACAGCGACAUCGAGUCCGGAUCGUCUCAGACUGCAGACAAUCAGGCACGGGAGAAGGCACGUAUACAUCAGAAUCAGAAACAGUUUUAUUACCAGCAGAUGGACAGCGGGAUGGGUUUGUCCGGAGAUGAGACCAGUUUCAUGGACGCUGAAACCAGCUCCUCGUCUCUGAGCAGCAGCAACACGAUGUGCAUUCUGAGCGCCGCAAAGGCACGCAAACCUCCCAAGAUCCUGCAGAUCAGCCCCCCCACUCUGCUGGUCACCACCUCGGACUUCUCCCCCAUGAACCUCUGCAGCCCCUCCCUCCCCACGGCCUCCCUCACACCAGCAAUGCUACAGACUCCCACUCUGUUGCUGACUCCCAGUCCUCUGCUGUCCAACAUCCACUUCUGGAGCACCCUCAGUCCGGUGGCUCCUCUCAGCCCGGCCACCCGGCGCCAGGGAGCCCAUCUGUUCCAGUUCCCAUCGGUCCUCACUCCUCAGUUCCAUAUCCCUAUACACAGUCUGGAUGGGACCAACACACCCGGACCCAUUUCCCCGAAGACAUAGAAUUAACCCCCAAUUUACAGUAUCACAACAUUUAGACUGAGACUCCUCCUCCUCCUCCUCCUCCUCCUCCUCACGCUCCACCCCCUGCUCCCACACACAGGACAAUGAUGUGGGAGCCAUUCCUCAUCGCUCUGGUGCUUUAAAGCUCUAUUCACACUACAAUCAGACAUGUGGAGAGAUGAUGACGGUAACAUGUUCAAUGUGUCCCCGAACAUUUACACCCUGAGGAUGCUAUCCUGUACUCGAACAUGCUGAUUCCAUCGUUCCUUUUUUUUGCACUUUUGGAUUGAUUUUGUCUGGAUUAUUUUUGGGGGGGGGGGGAUCCUCAGUCACAACAAUUUGAAGGAGGGAGGAAUAUCCAUGGCAACAGUUUGUGGAUUGGACCCUCGGCAGCAGUGACAAUCUGCGUCCCAUGUGGACACACAGAUGAGUAGAAGUGCAGAUAUCUGAGUCUUUCCUUUUAUAGAAUCCCUUCUUCUCUUUCUGCCAAAAAACCCCAUGUUCUGUUGUAACCUGUUUUCUCCUCGUCUGACUCUGCUUCUGUUCCUUAUUGUUCCCUGUCCUGACCUUGUUGAAGGGUAGCGCUUUAACCUGAAGGUGUGCAUGUUUUACCUGCCACUCUUUUAUCUCUUGCCCAGCUCUUAAGUGUUUGCUUCUCUGAAGUGUUAGCCAUAUCCGACACGUUGACUUUCUCAGCGUGGCCAUACUCUGAGCUGAACCUCCCGUCAUGCCUCUGUGUCACUUUUCUAAAGUAAACAGGAAGUCACACUGAACCCCGGUGUGCCUCCAGCCAGUCAGCUUUCAGGUGGGAUUGAAAAGAAGUGAAGCCAUAACUCUUUACGUGCAUCGACUCUGCAAAAAACAAAACACAACCUGUUCUUAUACAGCUCUGGUGUCUUCUAUAGGUUUGGGUGCAUGUUAAUGGUCUGCAAAGGCUAAAAUCCCUGUGUUUCUCUCCCCCCCCCCCUGCCAGAAACACCUCCAUUUGACUCAUAGUGACAUCAAUAUGUAACACUCGCGCUUUGAUUGGCUAGUGCUACCACACAUUGUACGUGAUAGGCUAAUACAUCUUAUAUUAUGAAAUGUUUAGCCACCCCAAUAUUGACAAUUGUUAAUAAAUAAUGAUCAAUGAUGUGGAUAUAAUAAGCAAGUUGAUAACAUGCUAAUAAUAGAACAGCUAGAAGAGUCUGGUCCAUUUAGGGAAAUACAUCAAACAAUAACUUAACCAGGAAAGAUCUGCCGUUUUAUGAUAAAACAAUAUCCAAAAUCUUGCCUUUUAUAACAAUUUGAUAUCAUAUAGAUAUUUAGCCCAGCAUUAAUGUCAGUUUGUCUUGUUUUGUAGACUUCACUAUUUAAUGGCUGAAAGACACAGUUUCUGCUUCAGUUCACAAAAAUAAUUCUAGCCAAAAUAACACUUUUACGAGAAAAAGUGAGAGAGCAUGUGUUCCCUUUGGACACAGCAAGGCAAGCUGUUACCUGUGAGAUAACACGCUGCUGUCCUCAGCUUCAUGUUUACAGAAAGAGAUCUAAUUUGGCAAGGUUAUUUCCCCAAAUCUGCAAUCUUGAACCAAAGCCCAACAACAUUCUUCACAUAAAGCAGAAUCACACCAGACUUUAAAUGAACAGGCUGUGUGUCAUGUUGCUUGCAGCGUCAGAGCAUUAUUUUAUUUUAAACUGAACGUCCAAAAUGAGCGGCUAGACUCGCCACAGUCCCGCCUUAACCUCUGCCGAGCCUUAUCCCCCUGAAGCACAUCAGCUGUUCACCCUGCAGCACCUUCCUCGCCCUUAAACUCCUCCUCCUCACUAUCAGCCAUGACAAUGUAAAUGACUUUGAAGCCAUAAGUCUGCGACACAGACUUCAGAUGUAGAUCCCACAUUUCUACGCUAAUAAAUGUGCAAAUUGUACACAACACUUGUUUACAUGAUGCUUGGAUUGAACACGCUUAAGUGUGUCUUUACCUAAGUGUCCCUUUCUAACCCAGGGAUGGAUGUCCAGCUAAUCUUCUAAUUUCUACUAGACAUUUGCCCCCUCCGCCUGCAGAGCGUCACACUGACAUACGGUGCCUUACCACAGCCAAGUGAAGCUCUACCGGGGAUGGAGCUUGAUCAUCUAAUCCAGAAAUAACGACAUGUUUGUUUUUCUGCCAUAUCUUUGAGUAGACCAAACCAGAGCCCCAGAAGUUUGGCGAAAAACUUCACGGGGAUGUUUAGUGAGAGUUCACUGCGGCUUAUGUACAGCACAAUCUUCAUGCUCUGCAGUGCGCUCUGGUACGGUGGCCAGCCCGUGCAAACGUGCUUAAAAACAACGGGGACCCUUAAAAGAGACGCACACAGCUGGGACCGGAGCACUUGUUGACGCUCUGGGAUUGGCACUCAAGCGUUCUGUCAGUAUAUAAGAAAUGCCGAGGUUAGCUACGUUAGCUAGCUAGCUAACCUCGGAAGGAAUCGUGCGAUCACAAUGUUUAAAUCCUUCAAUAAAACUUACAUUUUUAGUAAAAGUUCCUAACAACAGUGACAGUUGGCCAACUUUAAAAUCCCCGAACGCCAACAAGCGCUCCGGGCCCCGUCUGUGUGCGUCACUUUUUAGUGUCCCCUGGAAACAGGUUUCAUUGUGUGUUUUGAGCUCUUUGCAGCGUCACGUUUGUGCAGUGCUUUUUAGUAAACGCUGCGCUUGUUUUGUCAAGUUUGUGAGUGUUUUCUAAACUCUGCGCAUGAGUUGCCAGGUUGCUGAAGAUGUUUCUUCAGUUGCAUGUGUUUUGGCACAUCGUUUUUGCAUCGUUUUUUUAUCUGCAGCGCGUUUCCUAAUGGAAGUGUUUUGGGUCGUUUGCACCUGUGGGCCACCGUACUCUGGGAUGCUUACAUGUACAUACAGACAGCGAUAUAGGUUAAUAUGCAGAGCAUGUAAUCAGUCUCUUUCCAACCUGCUUUAAAUGUUUGUGAUAACACAUUUUGAAACUAUAUAAAUAUAUAUAAAAAAGCUGUUGUGUAAUUUUCCUGUAGAAUUGAAAGAUUAAUUUCUAUUUUUGUAAUGGCCAGAUAGAUAGACGUCUGCUAUUCUCUGAUUUAAUGUGCAUGUGCUUAUUUUUGUAAUGUUGUGUUUGGGAGGCGGCGGCCCCAUGCUGGCUGUUUUUGGGAAUCAAAGCCUUAUGGGGGAGAAAUCUAAAUCUAUGUUUUAUAUGUAAAUGUUUUGAUAGUGUUGAUAUUGUUCAUGCAAAUGUUGUGAUGGGACGUUUGCACUUAACGGGGUUCCUGUAGUAUUGGAUUCUGUCGCUUUUCUAUGACUUUCCUUUUUGAUGACAUGUUGUCGACGUUUUGCUUACUCAGAAAUGUAUAUUUUCCCAAAGGGAGGAUAACAAUUAUGCACUUCGUAUUUUAUACAGUAAAUCUAGUCUUUUACAAUAUAAAUCUAAGGAUUUACAAGGAUUUUGUGAUUAGGCACUACCACAGAAUAUUUAUUUAUGUGAAUUUAUAGUAAAGCCCAAUAGAAUUGGUAGCUUAUCUUGCAUUUUUGCAGUAACUUUGAUGAAAAACUAUAAAAUAGCUUGAUUAAAAACACCGAGCCCAUUUGAAAGUUUCCUCCAUGAAGUCUUUAAGGACUUGUCAUUUGCAUAUUUUGCAUAUUUGUAUCUUCUAAUGUUUUCCCUUAUGUUAAAAUGUAGAAUCUUCUUUUGAAAAGAUCAUGCUUUGUUCUGUCCAGUUUUCUAUUUGUUUGUUGCUUUUUCAAAUGUUUACAGGCUGCUUGUCUUAAGUGGCAUUUCGAUGUUCGAGAGUUGUCGAGGAAGUGUUUCUAAUGGAAGAGAUGUGUGAGACCGAUAAUAAAAGAUCUCUAACUAAUCA